AUGCCUCCAAAAAAGCAACCCGAGAAAGGCAAAGGUAAUUCUGGAGCAAAAAGCGGAGCAAAAUCUAGCGGCGAUUCAAAAGAAUCUGCCGGUAAAGAAAAAAAAGGUGGAACCGCUGUCAAAGUCCGUCACAUACUUUGUGAGAAACAAUCAAAAUGUUUGGAAGCUUUAGAGAAAUUGAAAGCCGGCCAGAAGUUUCCUGAUGUAGCUGCUGCUUACAGUGAGGAUAAGGCGCGUCAGGGUGGAGACCUCGGCUGGAUGACGCGCGGGUCCAUGGUGGGACCAUUUCAAGAUGCAGCAUUUGCUUUACCAAUAUCCUCAGUAACAAGUCCUGUUUACACUGACCCUCCGAUAAAGACUAAGUUUGGGUAUCACAUUAUUAUGUUUUGGUCUGAAACUGAGCUUUCUAAGACUAUAUCGGUUAAUGCAUGUAACAAUGUUAUUGACUGUGGUGUACUUCUGCAAUAUUUGCCUCUGGUUUAUCAUGAUGAAGAAGCCUUCAAGUAA